UCACUCCGAGACAUCAGAUCUGGGCUUGAUGCGUUAAUGCUAUUGAUCUCUGAUAAUUAACGAGGACUGAGUGAUUUCAACGGGCAGCUGGAUGCGCUGGGAAAGUGGUCAAAGAUAAAGUGGCCCCUGAGCGACACAGGAGCACUCACGCCUACACACGCGUGCACCUACCUACUCUUGGCGACACACACACAUACACGUGACUCGCACACGCGCGCGCAGAGGAUCUGUGCCUGGAGACCGUGAUUUCAACGUGCUCGCUAUUCAAGUCAUGGACCGCAGCGAGCGGGGGAACCAUUAGGAGCCGGUGGCGAAAAGCCCCUUUAUUUGCAACACACGGAUGAUGCUGCUGCCUCCACACCACAAGGGUCGGACACAUUCUCCCUGACAAGCGGAAAUAUUAGGCUUCUAAUAGCUGCGCUUAUGUAAUCAAUAAACCGGAUUGCUUUGGGGAAAAUAUCGCAUCUCAUGGAACCUUCCUAUCUUACCUGACAGAAAAUACUGUAUGCCAUAUUUAAAUUUUUGGAGCAGCCUAUGGCAACCCAUUAGUCCUGAUGCGACGCAUGUGAUGGUUGCAGUGGAACAGACAUCCUUAAUCACAUCCGAUAGGUGUUUUUACGUUUUUUCUUCUUCUUCUCCCUUUUUAAGGACGCUUUUGUCUGCGCUGCCCUUGUCAACAAUGUUGUAAAUGGGUGAUUGUCAAUUGUCAUUUCUCUACUGUUCUUGUUAAUUUGUUCUGAGAAAAUGAUACGCGCAAAAACGCAGCCAGAGAGCCAAACCAAAAAUAAUCAAUCUACUUUGGUUUGUUGUUUGAGUCGAAUUUGAUCUGACGAUUUUUCAAAGGGGGAAACAACCGGUGAGAGAUUUUUUUUUUUGGACUGUGACUUGUUUAGGAGGAAAGGGCCCGUACAGAUUCGAUCCCCAAUCAAAAACUCUGCAGGAUUUCCUCCUCCUCAGUCCAGAGGAAUAUCUCUAAGUCAAGGGACUACUGCUGGUCCUCUGAGGGUUUUCAUCGCGGUCAUUACAUACAAGGGAAUGGUGGCCGCACAGCAGAUCCACGCAACUCUCUGUAAAUGUUUGGCAUUUUUUUGCAGGCGAGCAUUGUGACUUGUGAUCGAGAGAGACGCGGACUGCAGCAGCCUCGAAUCCCUUUCACAUGGAGAUCCGUGCAACGGUCGUACUGCAAAUCUCGAAAACGGGGACCAGGGCCCUGCUGACUUUUCCUGCAAUGCUCUCAGCCUCAUUUAUUCAAGAAAAUGCAGAACCAAAACAGUAGAUGAACUAUGAAUGCUGAACACAAUGAUCUCCUCCCUCCAGUGCCAGACAAUGAGAGGUCGUAGGCUAAAGGGGGCGCUGUCCAACCCCCUCUUUGUGCUGCUUUUGGCUCUUCAGAUCCUGGUCGUUGCUGGGCUGGUACGUGCUCAGACCUGUCCUUCUGUCUGCUCAUGCAGUAACCAGUUCAGCAAAGUCAUAUGCACCCGCCGUAGUCUACGGGAUGUCCCAGAUGGCAUUUCCACCAACACUCGCUACUUGAACCUCCAGGACAACCUCAUCCAGGUCAUCAAGGUGGACAGUUUUAAACAUCUGCGGCAUCUGGAGAUCCUGCAGCUGAGCAAGAACCACAUACGUAGUAUUGAAAUUGGCGCCUUUAAUGGGCUGGCUAGUCUCAACACCUUGGAGCUCUUUGAUAAUCGACUCACGACAAUCCCCAAUGGAGCAUUUGAGUACUUGUCCAAGCUGAAAGAAUUAUGGCUACGAAACAACCCCAUAGAAAGUAUACCAUCUUAUGCCUUCAACCGGGUCCCCUCACUUCGAAGGCUGGAUCUAGGUGAGCUUAAACGUCUCUCCUACAUUUCUGAUGGAGCCUUCAAGGACUUGAGCAACCUGCGUUACCUGAACCUGGGAAUGUGUAACCUCAAGGAGAUCCCCAACAUUUUACCUUUGGUCAGGCUUGAAGAGCUGGAAAUGUCAGGAAACCAACUCUCUGUUAUCAAGCCUAGUUCAUUUACAGGACUAGUGAACCUCCAGAAGCUGUGGAUGAUGCAUGCCCAGAUCCAAACUAUUGAGAGGAAUUCCUUCGAUGACCUUCAGUCACUCGUGGAGCUCAAUCUGGCUCACAACAACCUUACUUUUCUACCACAUGACCUCUUCACACCAUUACAUCGCCUGGAAAGGGUCCACCUCCAUCACAACCCUUGGAACUGCAACUGUGAUAUUCUGUGGCUCAGCUGGUGGCUGAAGGAGACAGUACCUGCCAACACCAGCUGCUGCGCCCGUUGCCAUAGUCCAGCAAUCUUUAAAGGUCGCUACAUUGGAGAAUUGGACCACAGCUACUUCCAGUGUGAUGUUCCUGUCAUUGUGGACCCACCCAGUGAUUUGAAUGUGACCGAAGGCAUGGGUGCAGAGCUUAAAUGUCGUACAAACUCACUGACAUCCAUCAGCUGGCUUACACCAAAUGGCUCGUUGGUGACACAUGGUGCUUAUAAGGUGCGUCUGUCUGUACUCAAUGAUGGCACACUGAACUUCAUUAGCGUCACACUGCAGGACACUGGGACUUACACCUGUAUGGUUAGUAACACAGCAGGCAACAUUUCUGCCUCUGCUGUGCUUAAUGUCACUUCUGUGGAAAACAGCGGGGUGACCUAUUUUACCACUGUCACCGUGGAGACCACUGAGAGCAUGAGCCAAACGCCACUUCCCCCAUUUGGCUGGGUGUCAUCCUCAACAACAAAAAGUACUCCUGUUUCAACUAGGACCACAGAGCGGACUUACACCAUUCCAGUUCUUGAUCUGGAUGGAGAGGGGGCUCUCAAUGGCUUGGAUGAGGUGAUGAAAACCACCAAGAUUAUUAUUGGCUGCUUUGUGGCCAUCACGCUUAUGGCCGCUGUUCUGCUGGUUAUCUUUUACAAGAUGAGGAAGCAGCAUAACCAGCAGGAUCCCGAUGGCCCUGCCUCCUCCAUGGAGGUCAUUACGGUUGAAGAAGAGCUUGCAGGUGUCGCUGCCAUGGAGAGACACCUAUCGCUGCCCCCUCUGGAGCACUACAACCACUAUAACACCUAUAAGAGCACUUACCACCACACUCCUAUGCUCAGUACCAUACACAGCUCAGCCACACAGGAACCUUUACUGAUUCAAGCUUGCUCAAAAGACAAUGUACAAGAGACUCAAAUCUGAUCCUGAAUUUGAAUAAAUGUCCAGUAUCAGCAGUUUCAUACUUGGAGUACAAUGGACCAAAAUGUGACAUUAAAAAUAAAUAAAUAAUUAAAUAAAUAAAAAUCUAAAUGACACAGACUUCACAAAGUUUGUGUUGAUAAUAGUGAUAAAUCAGCAUUUGGCAAAGGGAGGACAUAUGAUACUUUAACAAGUGUCUUUAUAAAAACAAAGAUUAUUUAUUAAAAGUAUGUCUAGUGGCUAAAUAAACAAAACAAUUUGUGAUAGCUUUUAGCUCUUUUUGUUUCUCUCUAUCUCUCUGUGUGUGUAAUACUGCAUAAGGGAAAGAAUGAUUUACUAAAAGCGAAUAUGGGAUCUGUCUAACGUGUCAUGUGUAACCUCUUUAAAAAUUGCCCUUACACUAAAAUGACUGCAGUGCCAUUCAUUUAGUACUUUGAUUUUACCAUGGUAAUAUUAUAUUUUGCAGAAGGACAUUGUUUUUGUAUUUAUAAACAUAUAUUUGCUAAUUGUCCAGCUAUCUUGUCCAAUUUGGCUGAGGUUUAUGUGGGACAAAACAUAAAAUUGAUUUAUUUUCAUUGCCAUCAUAUUCGAGCUGUCACUCAACAUUAAACAAGAUCCUUUAAUGACACAGCUCUGGAUAAUAUCGCAGUGAAGCCAGCAUGCCUGAGGAGCAAAGCAGCCAAAUGAGGAAAUGUGCAUUUCCCCUGUGGCUAACUAAAACCAUACGUCUUUCACUUUAAUUAAGAUUACACUUCCGCUCCUGCUCCUCCUCCUACCUUUUCUUUACUCUCAGUUUACUACUUCUUUCCUUUGACUCUUUCUUCUACCAUCUCUAAAUUCUCUUACCUCCCUACUCUCUCUCUGCUUUAUCCCCAAACUCUUUUCAUCUGUGUUCUCUUGCUUCUUUAAUUGUCUCUCUGUCACUAAGCUCAGGCACGUUCCUCAGCCCCUCGCCAUGUCUCAUUUGUCUCAUUCUAUCUGCUGGCAUGUGCCACACGACAGCAGAAUAUUGCUUGGGGAAAAUAAAGGGGAGCAUAAGGCUGUGGUCUGUAGCCUAACUGUUAACCCAGUAAUGAUCUACGUCCACUUAGUGUGGCGUUACCUUGCCAUCAUCCUGGGGUCACAGGAGCUCGGGCGCUGAUAGUCCAUCUGUUAGUACAGAUAAAGAGGCAAAUGAGGAUGCUUGGUAAUGUACUGUGACCCUGUCAGGCUAACACAGAUGGGGCUAGCAUAGUCAGUGAAGCAGUUAGGAACCAACAAAAUAAGGGUAGAUAGGUUAUAGCUCAUUAAUCUGUAUCAGCAGUUCAUUUGCAGACUAACAGAGAGAGGAAAACUGAUAACAAAACAGUAUGAGACUUUUUCACUCUCCCUGUGCCUAACAUCUAACAGGGGGUAGAGGCCUUUGAUAUUGAAGCGACCCCUGCUCAGUCUCAUUUUUGUCAGAGAAAAACACAUGCACUUUGAUGUUGCAUCAUUUAUAGACCAUCAAAACCUUGUCUCUCCUGUUGUCUGGCUGCAAUUCACUUUUUCAUUUAGUCUUUAAAAGAGAAGGCUUAAGGAAGGGGGAGGCAGGGAUUAAAAGUAAAGAACAGUGGGUGGGUUAGGGGGAACCAGACCCCUAACAGUCAUGAGGGGUUUUCAAACAAAGAUAUUGCACAUACGAAGGAAGAGGAGUGAAAAAGUAGAUAAGGAAAAAAGGAGGCAAAACUAGCCAUCAGACUGUCGCCAUGGAAACAGUGACCUUGUGCAGGAAGUAAGAAGAGGUAGAUAUGGUUUUUGCUUUGGUCUCUGUGCAACAAGUAUAUUUUAAUUCUCCACUGGCGAUCUCGCAAAUCCAAAUGAUUGUGGACAAAACUGGCAUAAAGGAAUAUUUACAUACAAGUUUGAUCGGCUUUAACCCACACACGGUGUAGUCUUUGCAAAGCAGUGCGUUAUUUCAGUUAUUUAAAUGAAAUAAAGCACCCCAUGAUCUGAAAAGCUGAACAAUUUAACUGCCCAGCAGCUCUUCUAACCUGAUUUUCAUCUCUGUAAACACAGCUGUCAUAACUUACAGUAUGAGCGUUAUAAAGCACUAUCACUCACAAAACCAAACACUUCUGAUCAGUCAGUCAGUCACCUAGUUUUAAAAUUUCAUUUUCUACAAUAAUGGGGGAAUGGUGAACAAAGAUAGUGGAAGCUAAUUGUACAUUUAAAGACCUGUCACGUCUGUCGAGGUAGAGACAGAUGAUCCUGUAGAUGGAGAAAGAACUAUUGAAGCUGAACCACAUUUCCCGUCAGCCUUUCACUGAGUGUUAUGAAUGGCAUGUACUGUCAAUGUAAUGUCAGUGAGUGAACCAUUCUUUCCCUUUCCAAUGUUUUCGUUUUUUGAUGCUCAGUUCCUUUUCAAUGCUUUUGAUGGCUUAAAGAUUCAAUGUUGAUGCAGUGAAAAAAAAGGUUGAGAUUUUUUUUUUUUUUUUUAUAUACAUAUAUUUGGGAAUGAGGCUGGUGAGUUUUUCAGAAUGACUGGAAUAUGUCUGUAUUGGUAUUUGCUUACGCAGGAUGGCUUUAUGUUCAGAAUUAUUUGAAUGCCAGAAAGAAAUUAAAUCUGAAGUGCAGAAUGUUGGACUACAAAUACCAGCAGAGGGAAAAUGACUUUUGCGUAAAACCCUAAGCCAAGGUGAUCAAAUUCUUGUGUGUUAUUCUGCCAACUGUCUAUGUAUAGGGAGAGUUACUGUACGUGGGAACAUUCUCUCUCAUUUUUGGAGAGAAUAGUCAUCAAAUGGUUACAUUUCUACAAAAAUAUUUUCAAAAAUCUAUUGCAAAAAAAAACAACUUCAGAUCAUAAUUUUACAUGUGCUUCAAUUGUUUAAAAAAACAGACAAAAAAGCAAAAUAAAAACUAGAAAGGAAAAAAAACAAGACUGCUUGUAAGGAGUUCAAUUAAUUUCUCUGAGGAUGAUGUUCAGCUAUUGAUACCUGAGACUGUAGUUCAUACUGUACAUGAAUACAAAUAAAAAUGGCAAUUCUUUUUUCCAACAGAUUUCAUGUAAUGUAUUCGAAGAGAUGUCACCAUUUUGUCGUCUUUGUCCCAUGAGCACAUGAACAUGUGAACAAAUGAAACAAAACAAAACAAAAAAUGACUGAGCAGCCCCCAGAACGCUGAAAGAAGAAGAAUGUGCUCUAAAGAAAUGUACUAUUUUAUGAGGUCAGAGGAAGGAAGUGGAUCUCUUUGAGAGGAAAAGGAAAUGAUCUUUCUGUGAAGUUGGAUUCUUUUAUCUAUUUUCAAUCACUCCAUCUGUCUGACAAAUAUUUGAUUCAUGCGAGCAAAUAUGAGAUUUUGAUUAACCAGUAGCACAAUAGGCUAUUCCUGCUCCCUCUGCUGACUCAAUAUGAUCAACAAAGGAUCUCACAGAACCCUGGAGAACAUUGUCACAGAAAGAAAAAAUACAUUUAUUAAGUUUAAUAGUCGACACAACCCUGAAUCUGAAACUCCAUCAAAACAAUAAUGAUUUGAGUUUUUAAAAAAAUGUUAAAUGACAUCAAUUUGGGGAAGAGACUGCUUUUCACUAUGACCAAAGUCACAAUUGCCUUUUGGAUUGUUCCAUUUCAUUCACAGAGUACUUGAUGGCAGCCUGGCAAAAUGUUAUGAGGAAACUGGCACAGGCUUCAUUCUUUCAGACACUUAUCAGUAUGUAUGGUCAGUCUCGAAUGCUAGAAGGUCUGUUUCAACAAAGGGAUCAUUAAUUAAUUUGUUAACUGAUCAAUUUAUCCAGAAUGUGACACCCUCAGUCUUAAUGAAAUUAUGUCGGAGCCAAUUCAAAAACUGAAGAGUAAUCUCAUUAAUUUCCAGGCUGUUAUAGUUUUAUACUGUACGUGAAAGAUGGACGUAUUUCCACAAGCAGUAAUUCAGAUGUUCAUUUAUUUUCUGUGGGGCUGAUGUAGGAUUAGAAUUAGAUGUGAACAUUAUUUAGCUUGUCUUUAUUUUACAGUACACUUGAUUUGAUGUUAUUUGACAAGGAGAGAAGAAAGGAAAAAAAGAAACAAAAACAAAAAAAGAAACAAGGACUCUGGCUGCUCUUCCAUGUCUGUUAUGCUGUGCAUGGUGGAUUCAUGUGCCUUUAACGUGUCUUUCUGAAAAACUGAAACAUGUUCCACGGGCAGUCACUAACCUUCAAGUCUGAGUCAAGUCUUGAGCCCCCAGUAUCUGAGUCCAAGUCAAGUCAGAGUUACCAAAGAAUAAUUUGAGUCUAGUCCGAGUCGACGCAGCUAUCUGAAUCAGAGUCAUCAAGGUCUGCAUUAAACAUAAUUGACACAGCUCUCAUAAUUUUAUAUUCCAAACUUUCUAACAGUGUGUUGCUUCGCCAUAUUGCUUGGCAAUUUAAUACAUAAAAAUCAUUUCUAGAAAGGCAGAGUGUCAGUGGAAGUCUGCCAGAUACAGCACAGUGCAGGCGAACAGGUUUUAAUAUCAGUAUCUUAUGACAAAUUAUAAUAGCCUAUUACAAAACAAACAAACAAACAAACAAAAAAGUCUGAGUCUUUGAGUCCAAAUUCAUUCAAUGCUCGAGUCCAAGUCCAAAUCCUGAAAAUAUGGGUUUGAGUUGGACUUCAGUCAGAGUCCUGGACUUGAGUAUCACAUCCAUAUCUACUAUUCAUGUUCUAAUAAAUAUAAAUACAAUAAAAUUUAUAUUGCUGCACUUAAUAGGAUUUGAAACCUUCACCCCAAUGUUCAUACAAAAUCUGAACAAUCAAAUUUCCCUGUUCAUUCACAUAACUUCACAAUUUGACCAGUACGUUUUGUUGAGCUGCUGAUAUUUAAGUUGUUUGUGGCCUGUUAUUUAGCUAAGACAAAUGAAGUACAUGAGACACUGUUGAGCAAGGCUGGGUUUUAUGGAUCAUAACAAUGUCAGCAUAAUUUUUAAUGCGCAUGUCCUAAUUCUGAUAGAGAAUAUGCCCCAGUUUUACUUUGGCUCUUUAUUUAACUUUGGGGUAGGAUUUACCAAACAAUUAAACAAUAUUUUUCUCAAAUGUUACCUAAAAAGGGGACAGUUUCACAUGCUGUAUUUGGCCAACAAACUGGCCAUUUGCAAGAUUGUCAGCUGUUACAAAGCAGCGGUCUCAUUGGGAGGAAGCAUGCCUUUUGUGCUGCACUGUUAACAAAAGAAUUCCACUGCAUUCAUUUAGAGCCUGUUGUAUAAGGCACUGUGGUGGGAGACCACUGUCAAACAGAUUUGGUAGCACAACAAAAAAAAACUACUGGUGUAGUAUUGUGCCCAAGUUGCUACUUAGUUCAGGUAAAGAAUAAAUACAAACUAGUGAGUCCAGUUUGAAGGCUUAUCAAAUUUUAAAAUAUCAACAGUCUGUACUCUUUUGAAGCAGAAUUUUACAACCUUAUAAAGGAAAGCAUGGUAAGGUAUUCUAUCUGGUACUCUAUGGGUUUGCAAAGGUAAUACCUUGUUACACAACUUGAAUAUUAUUUUCUGGUUAAAUCUACUCAAAAUAUUAUAUUUGUUGCUACUUAUUCUUAAGUAAAAAUGUAUUCCACAGUGACAUGAUACCCAAACCAGAUACUUUGAUUUUCAUUUAUUUACAAGUGCACAUGUCUCCUUUAAAUAAAGCUCUGUUCAGGGAGUCUAAGAGAAGACAGCUGGGUUAAACAGACCACCCGCAAGCUGUGAAACAGAUGCUUUCCCUCUUGACUGCUGUUGUCUAUAAUCAAGAAUCUAAUAAGACCUGUUACACAUGAAUGCUGGACAGAGAGGAAGAAAGGUUGCAGACUGGUGGCACACAUAGACUUAAAGGUUCAGACUAGAAAAAUGCUCUAAAAGGGCAAAUUCUGUACUCUGCUGGUGGCUCAGUUGCCUAUGGCACAAACCAUACACUGUAACUACACCAUUGUAGUUAUAGUCAGCCUUGGAAGUUUGGUUGUUUCU